ACUGCCCUUAACUCCGACCCAGGCAAUUGCCAGGACUUCGACAAGGAGAUAAGAGCAUUUCAAUAGUUAGUUGAAUUAACUUCUUCUGAUGCCUGACUGUUCAAGUCAUGGUCUCAGGACUUUUUGUCAAACGCCGCACGAGCAUCGGAGUCACUUCCGAGCUCAAACUCUACUUGCAUGGCUGAAGAAUAGUCCAGAUUUCCUUGGUUCUUGGACCCCAACCUUAACCUCCUCUAGACGCCAUCUUAUGAAUUACAAUUCCUCGAAUAGGGCUGAGAAUCCAAAUGACUAUCAUGUCCGAUCUAGAUAUCUACCUGGUGUUAAACACCAUGAGUUCCGAAUCCCGCCUCCAACACCCCUCGGAGCGCCGGCCAUUCACCGAAAACGGAGUACACUCCACAGUCGACUUCGGUUUACGGGCUUCGGACUUGCUUGCUUGAUACUAUGGUUGUUCAAUCUUACUGAUGCGAGGUGUCAAUGUUCAAUGAUCCAAAGGGUUCGGCACCUCAUACGUGCGCAACAACCAGAGAACGUGCCUACCGCGUCCGAGCACAUAAUCUCAAGGUUUGCAGACUGGGAUGACGAUCUCUUCGCUUGGAGUUUGCAGAUCCCUGAAAUCCGUGGUUCGUUCAAAUCAGGAUGUCUUGUCUUUCAUCAUAGUGGAUGGGCUGGCGGCUUGAACUCUUGAACUCUUUGCUAGCACGUUCGGUAGCGAACGAUCGCCAGCACCAGACCUAUACGGGAAACUCGCACACCAGAG